AUGACUGCAGUAUCAGUUGAAUUCUUGGGAAUGAGACUGGAUCCAGAAAGAAGUUUAUUUGACCAAGGAGUAAAGACAGAUGGAACUGUACAGCUUAGUGUACAGGUAAUUUCUUACCAAGGAAUUGAGCCAAAGCUAAACAUCCUUGAAAUUGUUAAACCUGCGGACACCGUUGAAGUAGUUAUUGAUCCAGAUGCCCACCAUGCUGAAUCAGAAGCACAUCUUGUUGAGGAAGCUCAAGUCAUAACUCUUGAUGGCACAAAACACAUCACAACCAUUUCAGAUGAAACCUCAGAACAAGUGACAAGAUGGGCUGCUGCACUGGAAGGUUAUAGGAAAGAACAAGAACGCCUUGGGAUACCCUAUGAUCCCAUACAGUGGUCCACAGACCAAGUCCUGCAUUGGGUGGUUUGGGUAAUGAAGGAAUUCAGCAUGACCGAUAUAGACCUCACCACCCUCAACAUUUCUGGAAGAGAAUUAUGUAGUCUCAACCAAGAAGAUUUUUUUCAGCGGGUCCCUCGAGGGGAAAUUCUCUGGAGUCAUCUGGAGCUUCUUCGAAAAUAUGUAUUGGCAAGCCAAGAACAACAGAUGAAUGAAAUAGUUACAAUUGAUCAACCUGUGCAAAUUAUUCCAGCAUCAGUACAGUCUGCUACACCAAGUACUAUUAAAGUUAUAAAUAGCAGUACAAAGGCAGCUAAAGUACAAAGAGCUCCAAGGAUCUCAGGAGAAGAUAGAAGUUCACCUGGGAACAGGACAGGAAACAAUGGCCAAAUCCAACUAUGGCAGUUUUUGCUAGAACUUCUUACUGACAAGGAUGCUCGAGACUGUAUUUCUUGGGUUGGCGAUGAAGGCGAGUUCAAGCUAAAUCAGCCUGAACUGGUUGCACAAAAAUGGGGACAACGUAAAAACAAACCUACAAUGAACUACGAGAAACUCAGUCGUGCAUUAAGGUAA